AUGCUGGCUCAGAGCACCCUUGUAGGAGGGUGGAACGACGGCUACAACGCAGGCCCAUUCCUGAGUGCUCUACCAAAGACCUUCCAGGACCAACGAUUUCAUAAGAGAGGCUCCUCCGGAUCUUCGGUCACUUCGGCCGGCCCACCUUCGCCGCUCAAUCAUAAUACGAUAUAUCCACACGUCGCCACCUCAGAUUCGACUUUUCCCACACACUACGAAUUUGACUACUCACAAACUCCUCUUACCGCAAAGUCAGACUCCACCGUCAUGUAUCCUACAAACACCGGCUACGGCGCCGUUGACAUGAGGAGAAUACAGUCGCAGGGGGUUGACGAUCGUGGUGCUUCAUACAACCUGUCUGCGCCGCAGUCGGUGUCAACCAUGAGCCAUAACUCACCAGCGACGCCGCACACGAACUUCGAGCCCGAGUACGAUGAGAAGACCCAGCAGAUUUUUGGUGAGAUCAGCGAUGACGACGAACGUUUGUUCGACUACUUACAGUAUGAUUCAGGUUACCACCCAACAGCAGCAUAUCAGCAAUCAUUACAGGAUGUCUUCCCAGAUCAACAAUAUCAGCAACAGAUGUCUUUCAAUCAAGCGCAGCAAAGCAUGCAGAGACUGAACGUGGCGCCGCACAGGCAGACCAUGAUGGCCGACAGAUUACAGGCAGCACAGCAGGAUCAUCUACGGCCCAGCACUUCAACCUCGAAUCCUCGACAGAGGUCGCCAUUUAGGCAGAACUCACCGUACAUGGCUGCGCCUCCUCCACGUCAACCUCCUGCCACCUUGCAAAAGCAGAGAACAUCCAUCUCACCCAAGGAGCUGAUGCUCGACGAGCAUGACAUUGACGACAAUGCCACACCACUGUUUGCGCAAGAUCAUUCUCAGGAUAUGUUCGCCACCCAUAGAACAUCGUCGAAUCUGUCGACAUUUUACACUCCAGACACAUCGAUGCAAAUACCUCAGCAGUACCCAUUCGUGAGUCAACCCAGCCGGCAACCGAUCCAUUCUAGUCUACAGGAUAUGACACCCGAAUUUCCUGCUCACAUGAUCUCGAUGGAGUCGACUGGUGACGAAGGGCCAUCAGAACCUUCGAGUCAACAAUCGAUCAAGUCGAGAUCGCAAGUCCCAAAUACUCCGCAGCAGCAGUCACAACCGGUGCAGAGAGCGCUUGACACAUCAUCUGACUCAGGAACAUAUUCGUGCACAUACCAUGGUUGUCACCUGAGAUUCGACUCGCCUGCCAAGCUGCAAAAGCAUAAGCGGGAAGGUCACAGGCAAACGUCACCUACGUCAUCGCAAUCGCCAAAUCUAGCCCUGCGGAACUCGCAAGCGGGACCCCACCGAUGUGACCGCAUCAACCCCAGCACAGGCAAACCAUGCAACUCCGUAUUCUCUCGCCCCUACGAUCUCACUCGACAUGAGGACACCAUCCACAAUGGUCGCAAGCAAAAAGUUCGAUGCCAUCUUUGCACUGAAGAAAAGACUUUCUCACGUAAUGAUGCGCUUACUCGACACAUGCGCGUAGUCCAUCCUGAAGUUGACUGGGUGGGCAAACAAAAGCGCAGGUCGCCGAAGUAA